AUGUUCUCCAAGCUCAUUGUUGUGUUCUUGGCCGUCGCGAUGGCGCUCGUGCAAGUCAAUGCUGAGACCCACACAGUGACAUUCAACAACAAAUGUGGUCGUGGUACUCCGUAUUUGAAGGCAAACGACGGUCAAGUCUUAUCUACUGGUGCUCCUUAUACUAUCAACGGAUCGCUUAUUGCCGCCAUCGCCUGCGGUAACAAUGGAGAGAACUGCACGCUCGUCGAGACAACGCUCGCGAAUGGAGCUAGUGGCAGUGAUAUUAAUCUCAUUCCUCCCCACAAGUUUUCUGUCGCUAGUGGAUUCAGUUAUUAUGACGGCUGUGACGGUGUAGGCGCCGAUUGCACUUACGCAGAUUGUUCGACUGCUUUCCAUUCGCCCGACCAAAUCUCGGAGGAGCUUGUGUGUACAGUUGACAAUGAGAACCUGCUCAUCACAUUCUGUGACUAG